UACUCAAUCGACCCUCUUCCUCGCCGAUGUAGUGCCAUCAUCAGCGGCUUGGCAGUCUAAUGAUAGUUCAUAAUUAAUUCAAAGUGAGGCCUAGAUGACCAGUUUUGUCUACAGCCUGGCCAUUUCAGUGUACGUAGAUGCUCCGUAAAAUACCACUGGCGAGAAAGUUAUUAGAUGAAAAGUUUCCGUGGUUUAUGAUUUUUUUUUUCUUCUGUGGAAUUUCGGAAUUUCUUAAAGAUUAAUUUGUUCCUCGGAGGUCUGGGCUCCCUUUUUAAAAAAUGAAACACGACGAAAUGCUAAGUGGAAGCUAAGCUAAGUGAAAACCCACAAUGGGGUUGCAAUCUCCCACGUGAUACUUUAUUUGUUAGUAGCCGAUUCAAGAGAAAAAAAGGAUCUACGUAUGAUGCAGUCUUGCGACACUGUGAUAUUUUUUCUCUCGGAAAACUUUAACUAAAGAGUUCGUUGGGAUAUAACAGUACGAAAGGCAGAAAAAUGAAUGCAGUGAAUCGCUUGACCCUUCUGCUGGCCACGGUGGUAAAUUUGAUUGAAACUGGCCAGUCUAACAAAAAUGUCAUACGUAUGGGGUACAUCACAGGCUCCAAACUUAAGGUCGCCGACGGUUUCUUCAGUACACGCCACGGUCAAAGAAUAUCAGGGGCCAUCACUUACGCUAGGGACCAAAUCAACAACGAUUCGUCCAUUCUUCCAAACCAUACCCUGGAAUUUCUCGUGGCCGAGACGUACUCCCAAGAGCUGCACAGUAUCAAGGAGACAGUGGAAUUGAUUGAUAGAAAUAUCUCCGUGUAUAUAGGGCCACAGGAGACCUGUGUCCACGAAGGAAGAAUAGCUGCCUCUUUCAACCUGCCCAUGAUUUCUUACUUUUGUGCAGCAGAUGAUGUGAGUGACAAGGUUAAAUAUCCGACAUUUGCCAGAACUAAACCAACCGCUUCCCAAAUAUCAGCGAGUGUCGUCUGCAUCUUGAAGAAAUUUAACUGGAAGAAGGUCACUUUCAUUCACACAGCGAACGAAGAAAAUGGCUUGCCGGACACAGUGGCUACUAUUGAAAGUCUUAUGAAGAGAGAAGGCAUACAAAUUACUGACAAGAGGAGUUACCGCUAUCCAUAUUUCCACGGGGAAACGGAGAACCCUUUUACAAGUCUUGUAGCCGCAACGCGUACAAAUACACGAAUCUACGUGGUUUUGGCCCAGUAUUUUGAAUUUAUCGGCUUGAUGGACCAUCUGUAUGAACUUGGCUUACUGGACACGGGGGAAUAUUUUGUUGUGGGCGUGUGUUUAGCUGAAAGUGACACCAUCACACCUGAUGCAUAUCUGAAAGAAUUAAUCAGCUCAACUAACGGGAAAGACCAUGCAAAGGAACGACUAGAAGCUUUCAAAUAUUUCAUCGGGGUCGUGGAAUCGCCCCCAAAUUAUGAUGAGUAUGAGGAAUUCAAAAGUAUUGUCAACGAAUAUCUGGAAAAGCCACCUUUUAGUUUCCAGACCCCUUUCAAGGUCAAUAAGACCAUAGAGAAACGACUCAGGACCGAGGCUGCCUACCUCUAUGACGCAGUCUGGUUAUAUGCUAGAACAGCGCACAAGAUUCUGGAGCAAGGGGGAGACAUCCGGAACGGCACCCUGAUCAUCGAAAACCUUAUCAACGUCACCUACAAAAGUGCCAUAGGAUAUACGACAAAGAUAAAUCAGCGAGGCGACUCGGAGGGAAACUUUACACUGCUCGCACUCAGGAACGAGAACUCUGUCUGGGGACUCUACCCCGUUGGGGUUUUCCGGCAGACAUUUGAUGAAAUGCCUGAUUUUGAGUUCUAUGAAGGCAGGAGUAUUGCUUGGCCUGGGGGUAAGAUUCCCGUGGACGAGCCCGACUGUGGAUAUAAUGGAGAGUACUGCAUAGAACCCACUGAUUAUACAGUUGAAAUUGGUCUUGGAAUAACUGGAGGGAUUUUGCUUGUCAUCAUCAUAAUUGGAACCCUUUGUUAUAGAAAUUGGAAGUAUGAACAGGAGCUAGCCAGCCUCUUGUGGAAGAUUGAUUACAAGGAUCUGACGAUAGACUAUGCCGACCCGUGUACCAUGCCCUACUUUAACAAUAUCACGAGAGCAUCGAGUAAUGUGUCCCUAACCUCGCAUUCUGAAAUGGACAACAGACAACUGUAUACGAGCGUCGGUACAUACAAGGGAAAUCUCGUGGCCAUAAGAAAGGUCAAUAAAAAGAAUGUCGAACUAACCAGGAAUAUCAAAAAGGAGCUAAAAGUGAUGAGAGAAUUACGUCAUGAUAACGUCAAUCCGUUUAUUGGAUCCUGUAUCGAUGCACCAUACAUUCUGAUAGUGAGUGCUUAUUGCUCCAAAGGAAGUCUACAGGAUAUACUGGAAAACGAUGACAUUCAGCUUGACUUGAUGUUUAUUGCAUCAAUAGUGUUUGACAUAAUAAGGGGGAUGAUUUACCUUCAUGAAAGUGAAAUCAAGUCCCAUGGGAAAUUAAAGUCCAGUAACUGUGUCGUCGACAGUCGCUGGGUGGUGAAGAUAACGGAUUUUGGUCUGACGGAGUUUCUGGCAGGAACGGAAGAGGACCCCUCGGAACAUGCUAAAUACAGAAAUAUGUUAUGGACGGCCCCCGAGUUACUUGAGCUCGAAAAAAAGGGAAGGGGCACCCAGCCCGGCGAUGUGUAUUCCUUUGCUAUUAUCCUGUACGAAAUCAACGGAAGAAAAGGACCCUAUGGAAAUUGUACGCUGGACCCUAAAGAGAUUAUCGCGCGGGUCAGGGAUCCUAAACACGAAGUAUUUCGCCCUCGACUAGCAGAGCUAGACACUACGCCCAAGUUUGUGACUGAAGUUAUCAAAGAGUGCUGGGCCCAGGACCCAGAGAAAAGACCAGACUUCAAAACCAUCAGGUCAAAGCUAAAGGAAUUACAAAGAGGAAUGAAACCGAACAUUUUAGACAACAUGAUAUCUAUCAUGGAGAAAUAUGCCAACAAUCUGGAAGCCGUGGUUGACGAGCGGACGGAACAAUUGAUCGAAGAGAAGAAAAAGACGGAGGAACUGCUCCAUCAGAUGCUGCCAAAAUCAGUAGCAGAACAACUGAAAAUGGGUAAAGAAGUGGAGGCGGAGUCGUUUGAUUCCGUAACCAUUUACUUCAGUGACAUCUGUGGGUUCACGGCCCUGUCGUCUGAGAGCACACCCAUACAAGUGGUGAAUUUGUUGAAUGAUCUCUACACAUUAUUUGACUCUAUCAUUGAGCAUUAUGACGUGUACAAGGUAGAAACUAUAGGCGACGCUUAUAUGGUGGUUAGUGGUCUCCCUAACCCGAACGGAACAAUGCAUGCUGGGGAAAUUGCCUCGAUGUCACUGCAUCUUUUGGAGGCUAUAAAAAGUUUUAAGAUUCGACAUCGAGAAAACGAAAUGAUAAAACUCCGAAUUGGUAUUCAUUCUGGGUCAUGUGUCGCAGGAGUGGUGGGUCUGAAGAUGCCAAGAUACUGUUUGUUUGGAGAUACUGUCAACACAGCAUCCAGAAUGGAGUCCAACGGCGAACCUCUACGAAUACACUGUUCACAGCGGUGUAAAACCAUACUGGAUGAGCUUGGAGGCUACCAGACAGUAGAGAGGGGUUUUGUGUCAAUGAAGGGUAAAGGAGAAGUAUUGACGUACUGGUUGACAGGGGAAGACAAAUCCUUCCGCAGGAAGCGGAUGUCGCGGUUUAUCCUGACUCCCGACUCUAGUCCCACGCUAUCAGGAAACAACAACCAAAACCGAACUCAGUGCAACUGUGAAAAAUCGGAAUCUCUCUGUGUUGACAAUAGACUCAGUCGCUCGUUUUACCGAAGGCAUUCGUUGAACGACUCUUGCAACGGAAGUGUGCCUUCCCAGUUCUCGCUAAAUCCACACAGAAUUUCUAGUUUUAAACACAGGAGUUCUAAUUUGCCCUCUCCGAGACUGUUCAAGCAAAUCCAAUUUAAGGAAGUUGAUGAAAGCAAGAUAAGAAACUGUGAUCACAAUUUAGAGUUAGCUCCUUUAAUUACCUGAACAUUUGUUUUCCUGCACUUCUAUACAGUACUUCGUUGAUAAAAAUCUCAGGAGUUAUCUUUCAUAGAUGUUAAACGAAUUUUACUUCUAGAGUUUGUUUCUUGUAGUACGUUGUAGUAUACUACAUGCGCAGAUCUAGGUGGGGGUGGGGUCAAAUAUCCAUCGGACCACCCACCCCAGGGAAACAUUUCUAGAUCCAUGCAUGUACUAAUUUAUUUCUGAUUGCUUUUUAUUAUAUUAUUUAUUUUAACUUCCGGUGAAGUUUUAUGUUUUAAACAUUAUGUAUUAUGAAAAAAAAAACUGCUAGAAUAAUUUACUGCUGGGUGCAUUUUUAAUUUCUGUGAUACUUUGAAUAGUCAGUUAUGUUUUAAUUUUUAUUAUUCAAUGUGUUGACAUGUUUUAAUGAGAAUAAAGAUGUGUUCGUUGUU